AUGUCAGCCUCACAAGUGUUACAGGCUCGCAACGAGGUAACUGCCAAACUCUACGCAGACCCUCACAACCCUCAUCAUCACCUGGAACGAGGCACCCUCUAUGAGAAACUAGGGUUUCCAGAUCUAGCCUCUGCAGACGCAUACCGUGCACUGGCUCUGCUAGAGUCAGUCAUUGACCCGGAUGAGUGCGAGUUUCACGCCAAACGGAAGGUAGAUCCUUCCAACCCAGAGAAAGAGGUCAAUGGCUCCGACUCUGACUCGGAGGAAGAUGAAGACGACACAGUCCCCAUCACCCAAGAAGAAUACGACGCAAUUAUAGAUAGAGUCUAUACGCUGCUAGUCCGCAGCCUAGUUCAGUGUGGCUGCUAUCGCGAUGCAUUUGAGUUCGGCGUUCGUGGUUUGGCUCUACUCAAAGCAAACACAUCAGCCGUGGCGGUACUCAACGAGCAAUUGGGUCACGUCAAGAAGAUUUACGAAUCUCGCACUGGCUCGAAAGCCGACUUGACUGCCAUAAACCCAAGCCAACUUCCAGGCCAGGGCUUUGCCCGCCGCGUACUCUAUCCAUGGAACGAACACGAGCCCGAUCGCCGCUCCCCGGAGACCCUGAGCUUGCUCAACGAACGACUAUCAACCAUCGCGCCAAAAUGUGAAGUCCGAGCUGUGUCCUUGCCAGUUCUACACGACACAGCAGAUGACAGCAUGGAGGUGUCUAUCCAGCUGGGUCUUUUCGCGAAAGACGACAUCUCGCCUGACGAGAUCAUUCUCCGCGAAUCCUCCUUACUCACCGCCACCAACCGUCUUCACGACGAUCUCUGCGAUGCAUGCAAUGCGCCUCUCCCAGAUCUAUCAGCAGCGCAGCCACCUGUCGCCUGUGAAGGCGGAUGUGUAGAUAUCAUCUUCUGCAGCCAAGCGUGUCACGACACAGCCCAAGAAGUCUACCAUGGAGCGAUCUGCGGGUUAGAAGACGGCCUUGAUUCCAUCGGAAAAGACAUUGCCGACCCAAAAGAUAAAGCAGACUACCUAUAUCUGCUCCUCGUUGGCCGUGCCCUCGCCAUGUCAGCCACACAGGAAAAGCACGCGCUCGAUCUGCCAGAGGUGAAAUACAUCUGGGGCGAUUUCCACGAUUAUGACCUCGAGUCACCUGCAUCAUCUGACGAAGCUUCGCUCCCAUUCUCGUUCCAGCUGAACGUUCUUCAACCAGAAAGGAUUCUCGAUGAAAUGGGUCUUGACCCCUACGUUGAGCUGCACCGCUUCGAUACUUGGGUUUUGAAUACGUUGUAUGCGAAGUUCCGCGGCACGGCAUCUGGUCGUUUGAGUACGUGGGAUGGUGGCCCGGAGCUAUGCGCUGUCCAUCCGCUAUGGUGUUUGGCUAACCAUUCGUGUGCUCCGAAUGUGACGUGGGAGUGGAGUAGUGAGAUCAAUUUCCGGGCGAGGCGGGACGAUGAAAUGGCGGUUUGGGCUAGGGAGAGUGAAAUCAAGGAUCUCAAACCUGGUGGUAUUGCUAAGGAUCAGGAGAUCCUUAACCAUUAUUGCGAUAUUGCGUUGCCGGUGGUUAAGAGGAGAGAGUGGGCUUCUGGAGCUUUAGGAGGAACUUGUUUGUGUGAUCGGUGCGUUUGGGAGGCAGGAGAGGUUUAG